UUAUAUAUAUACGCCCCAUGCGGUCGCCUUUGUUACUUCGUCCUUGGGGUUUGCAAAGAAACCCUAAUUAUUCCAUCAUUGUCUUUCUCUACAGGUUUAGUCUACUCACUGCUCUCAUUCAUCUGAUCAUGGCCGAUUCACCUCGUAGAAGGUAUUCAAGAUCUCCUCCCCCUCUAGAACGUCCCAGAUCCAGGUCCAGAUCAAGGGACCGAUCUAGAUCCAGGUCCAGAAGUCCUAACGGGAAUGAUGCCUUAAAUCCUGGAAAUACGCUUUACGUGACUGGCCUGUCAAGCAGGGUCACAGAAAGAGACCUUGAGGAUCACUUCUCUAAGGAGGGAAAGGUAAGUUCAUGCCGUCUCGUUAUGGAGCCUCGUACACAGAUUUCUCGAGGUUUUGCUUUUGUGACAAUGGACAACGUUGGAGAUGCUGACCGUUGUAUAAAACAUCUCAAUCAAUCUGUAUUAGAGGGCAGAUGCAUCACUGUUGAGAAGUCAAGGAGGAAGCGCCCUAGAACACCUACUCCUGGCAACUAUCUAGGAGCUAAAAGUACCAGAGAAACUGGCUAUAGAGGCGACCGUGGCAGGUACCGUGGUGGUGGUGGUGGUUAUGGCCGUGAUGAGUAUCGUAGGUCUCCAAGGCGCUCACCACCUUAUCGAGGAGGUCGUGACUAUUCUCCCCCUCGAAGAUCUCCGUAUGGUGGUCGUCAUUAUUCCCCCCCUCCUCGAAGGUCACCUUAUGGCGGCGGACGGUCUAGGAGAGAAAGAUCUAGGUCGUAUGGUGGUCCCGAAAGGGGUUAUGGACGUCGCCCUGAUGUCUACUCUCGGUAAGGUAAUUUUGUCCAUCGGGCGUUUUAGCUCCUGCUUGUAUGAGGGUAUCUUAGUAAGGUACUGUUGACAGUCUUAGUUAGGAAGUCUAUCUACCAUAAUUCUGUUUGAAUUGUGGUUUCUUAUCGAAGACUUUUUAUUAACUUCUUAUGUGACCUUUGUGUUUGGGAUUGUGGGAGUGUAAUAGUAAAUUGUUAUAAUAUGUGAACUAGUAGUAAACUUCUGACGAUGUGUUCGGUACUUCAAUUUUGUAUUAUUAUUAUCUGAUUUGAUUAGUUUCA